CUUUCCACUCUUUUCUCUGUUUUCUUAAGAGGAAUAUUCUUUUUGAGGUUGGUGUUUGGUUUGGGAGGGAAAUGCCUAAUAAGAAGAGCUUUUGUUAAUUUGUUGUAAAACCGAGUUGUUGAGGAGAGGCUAUUUUCGGUGUCAACACAGCAAACUCAAACCCAAAGCCAGCCAGUGCCACGCAAAAACUGCAUUUCUGUUUGUAUUGCAACCAACCAUUUUUUUGAACUAUUAGUGCCAAAUUUAUGUUGAGUAGAGACCCUUUUCAGGGUCUCUUCUUGCUUGCUUUCUUGUUGACAACAAACAAAGAAAACAAGCUUUACAGGUUCUGCACAGGGACUCAAAAUAUCUGAAAUGGAUCCUCGGGGGCAGACUACUCACGGGUUGUGAGUUUGCCAGUUAUAGUAAAUAAUGGCCGAGGAGAGCACUGAGACUCCACUGACUCCUGAAAAAACUGAGGCUGAACGUGGCUGUGAAAGGAGGAGGAAUUCUACUGGGAGGUUGGAUAACCCAAUUGGUGACAUAAAGAUUCGUUCCCGUUAUCUCUGUGCUUCAACAGGUUCCUGCCAUGAUGCUUGCAAAUAUGGAACAAAACCUGCAUUAAAGCCGUGGAGUUCAUUUCCGAAGAGGGUAACAACUUUGGAAGGUGAAAUCCAGUCUCCUGAAAAGGCUGCUACUUCAAUUGAGGGGAAGAAGAAAUCAGCAAUUGGUCGUAGGCCUUCUUUAGAUUCCAAAGUGCAGAAACCUAGUAAUCCUGUUGUCAUCAAGGGAGAAGUCUCCUCAUCAACAAAAAAGGAGACUGCCACUUUAGAAAAGGUUCCAACAUCCUCCAAGGAAAUAGAUGUUUCUAUAGAAAAUGCUAGCAAUCAAAAGCCAAAGCAUAGGAAAUCAAAGUCAUAUUCUCACCCAGUGGAUUGGAGUUUCAGCUUUCAAAGAAACAACGAAAUCAGAAUAAGCAAGGAACCACAAGGAGAUUCAGCCAGCUCAAGAAAAAGCAAAAUCUUAAGCAACGAGUUGAGCACCUCCAAAAUUGGUGAGAAAAAGGCUUCAAUUCCACACACCGUUAACUUGUUUCCCAAACAUUCUGUCAAGGGAGUUUCAAACAUGAAGACCAAGAUCGAAAACAGUGUAACAAAGGUCAAACCCAACCAACCCAGCGAUGUUCCUGAGAAGACUUUGUACGUCAUUGAAGCAGGUACAGAGAACAAAACUGUGGAACCCUCUCAAAGUAGUGUUUCCUCAUCUCCAUCCUCUGUGGACAAAAGCCUGAAGCAAGCUCAAAAGGGUAUCCUUAGCUCACAAUUGCCUUAUUCUUAUAAGAAAAAUAACUUGAGACACACUGGAACUGGAUCUGAUGCCAACAAAUUACGUGUAUCCCCUUCUCCUUCCUUUGGGAAAAAAAGCUUGACACACACACAAUAUGGAACUCAUAGAGCUAAAUCAUCCUCGUCUCCAUCCUCGUCUUCCCAUAGCAAAGAAAAUGGUGCCAAGAUAACUGGAAGUGAGGACCAAAAGUUGGAAUUCAGGAGUAGUUCUGGAAGGGAUGGAAUGGUUAGCUCAGAAGUUAAAGGUUCCCCAGCUCAAAAUCUGAAAUUUAGGAGAGGAAAGGUGGUUGAACUUCAAUCUGAGAACAGUAAUUCAAGGAGACUCAAAUUUAAGCGAGUAAGAUCAGUUGGUGAGAUCCAAUAUGGUAAAGAUCAUACCAGAAAUUGGAGCAAGGAAGUUGAUGAUGGUAAAUUGGAGAAAGAUUUUGAGAGAGACCAAAAUCUGGAGGGUACAAGAAGGAGAAACUCAAAGAGCAAGGAAGUUGGUGACAGUGAGGAUGGUACUGAAAUCAAGUCUGAAGAAGUUGUUCUCAGACACCAAAAUGUGGAAGAAAAGAAAGAUACCCAAAGUCUGUAUAAUAAUGUGAUUGAAGAGACUGCAAGUAAGCUGGUUAUGGCCAGGAAGAGUAAGGUCAAGGCUUUGGUUGGUGCUUUUGAAACUGUUAUAUCUCUUCAGGAUACCUGCACUCAGUCCUCAGUUAAUGGAGAGAUAUCUGAUUGAGGAAGGUAUUUCAGAGAUAGAAGCUUCUUCUAUUGCAUGUCCUGCUACUUAUUGGUUUGAUCAAGAGUAAUAUACCCUCUUUGUUUCAUAUUGUUCUGCUUGUGUCGGAUUUUUUAUUCUUCCUUUUGAAACCUUAGGUGCGUGGUAGAUUUGUGAUUGAAUGUAGACUAUCGUGCUUAAACGAGGUUAAGUAUCUCUUAAUGAUCUGCAUUAUUACUUCUUCCCUUCAUUUGUGGGAAUGACUCUUGUAUCCUGGCAAAGUUAGUCAGUUAUUCCUGCUUCUAUUCAAUCAGAAUUUCUUUGUCUCUUACUACGGCUUUUGAGUGGAGUUUGUAGUGUGCCUUUCUAUUAGAAUCUUAUUUUCUCUCUCUUGUAUGU